CGCCGCUACAGAGGAGUGGCUGACAGUGGACAGUGGCUAGGGUAUGGAGGUGAACUGAUCUGUUCAAGCCUUUGACCAAAAAGCGCCUGGCCAGUGCAGAGAACGUGCCUGCCCGUCUUCAGAAGAUCCCAGGAGCACAGCCAGGGAACUUGUGCAGCAGGAGGGACAUUCCCAGCCCGGCCCACGGGCUGCUAGAGGGUCAGAGAGGACCCGCCUUCCCCAUACUGGGGCCCAGCAGGGCGAAGGUUGUUCCCAAGGCCACGUGAGGCUUCCUCGCCCCUAAAAGGCCCCAAACCCGCGGGAUUCAUGAAAGAGGAAAGUUAAGCACGUCCCAACCACUGAGACGCGGCGCCCCCUUCGGGACCCAAAGCUGCUCUUCUCACAGCUGCCACCAGCCAUGUCCCGCCGCAGCCGGGACGGGCGCCUGGGGCUGCUCCUGUCGCCUCCGCUGCUCCUGCUGCUGCUGCUGCUGCUGCUGCUGCUGCCGCCGCCGAGCCUGCAAGAAAUCUACUAUGCUACUGCAUACUGGAUGCCUGAAGAAGAGGAAAUACAAGUCAAAAAUGUACUGGACAAGAAUGGGGAUGCAUAUGGCUUUUACAAUGACUCUAUGCUAACAACAGGCUGGGGCAUCCUGGAGAUCAAAGCGGGCUAUGGUUCUCACCAACUGAGCAAUGAUGUUGUCAUGUUUGUGGCUGGAUUUUUGGAGGGCUACCUUACUGCUCCACACAUGUAUGACCACUUCACAAAUCUCUACCCCCAGCUGAUUAAAGAAGCUUCAAUUUUGGAUAAAGUGAAGAAUUUUAUGAAGAAGCAAGAUCAGUGGACCCGUAAUAACAUCAAAGAUUAUAAGGAUGACCCAUUUUGGAGACAUACAGGCUAUGUUAUGUCACAAUUUGAUGGGAUGUACUUAGGGGCAAAAAAGAGAGCUGAAAUAGAAGGAACAGAGCCCAUGACCAUGUUCCAGAUUCAGUUCCUGAAUGGAGUGGGAGAUAUGUUGGAUCUGAUUCCUUCACUUUCUCCCACAAAAAACGCCAGUCUGAAGUUUUUUAAAAGAUGGGAUAUGGGACAUUGUUCUGCUCUUAUUAAGGUUCUUCCUGGAUAUGAGAACAUCUAUUUUGCUCACUCAAGCUGGUACACAUAUGCAGCCAUGCUCAGGAUAUAUAAACACUGGGACUUCAACAUCACUGAUAAAGAAACCAGCAGUAGUCGCCUCUCUUUCAGCAGUUACCCAGGGUUCUUGGAGUCUCUGGACGACUUUUACAUUCUUAGCAAUGGUUUGAUACUACUGCAGACCACAAACAGUGUGUAUAAUAAAACCCUACUGAAGUAUGUGGUACCCCAAUCUCUCCUGGCCUGGCAGAGAGUCCGUGUGGCUAACAUGAUGGCAAACGGUGGCAGGGAGUGGGCAGAGAUCUUUUCAAAGUACAACUCUGGCACCUACAACAAUCAGUACAUGGUCCUGGAUUUGAAGAAAGUGAAGCUGAAACGCAGCCUUGGCAAAGGCACCUUGUACAUUGUGGAGCAAAUCCCUACAUAUGUAGAGUUUUCUGAACAAACCAAUGUUCUACGGAAAGGAUACUGGCCCUCUUAUAACAUUCCUUUCCAUGAAAAAAUCUACAACUGGAGUGGUUAUCCAUUGUUAGUUAAGAAAUUGGGCAUGGAAUACUCUUAUGAUCUAUCUCCUCGAGCCAAAAUCUUCCGGCGUGACCAAGGAAAAGUGACUGAUAUGGCAUCCAUGAAAUAUAUCAUGCGAUACAACAAUUAUAAGAAGGACCCUUAUAGUAAGGGUGAUCCCUGCAAUACCAUCUGCUGCCGUGAAGACCUGAAUUCACAUAACCCAAGUCCUGGAGGUUGCUAUGACACAAAGGUGGCAGAUUUCUACCUCACAUUUAAAUACACAGCCUAUGCAAUCAGUGGUCCCACGGUACAAGAUGGCCUCCCUGCUUUUCACUGGAACCGUUUCAACAAAACUCUCCAUAAGGGCAUGCCGGAGGUCUACAACUUUGAUUUUGUGACCAUGAAACCAGUUUUGUAACUUGACAGAAAAUUAAAGAGGGAGAAGAGGGAAUGGAGGGAUACAAAUAAGAAACCAAAGGCACUAUUUUAGCUAUGUUUUUUUUUUCCCUUUAGAAUUCAUCUUAAUAAAAUAUAUUAAAUCUA